AUAAUGAUAAUAAUAACAGCGCUAAUAGUUAUGAUAAUUAUAAUGAUAAUAAUUAUUAUAUGUCGACCACUACUACUACUAGUGGUACAAUUGGUACCAAAAAACAUGAGAUCAAAAAGCGAGACAAUAGUAAUAAUCAAAACUAUACAGUGGCAGACAGUGUACUACAAACUACCGGUGCUUCUAACCCCUCAGCCUCCUCUCUAUCCCCAUCCUCGACAGCACCUAUAGAUAAGACUACACAUCACUCGGAAGCUACCACCGAUGUUGUUACAACAUUAUCAUCCAAUUCAAUGACAGAAAAGACAGAUCCGUCGGCCAAUCAAAGAACACUACCAGCUUUGGCCUACAUAUUCAUCGGUGUCCUAGUGAUGGCGAUUGUGGCUCUUGGCUUAUGUUGGCUAAUUAGUGUCUUAUAUAGUCAAUGGUGUGAUAGUGAAGGGUUGGCGGCCGUCAAACGUGAACAACAAAAUUUAGCAAAAAUAGAGUUACCAAAACGGGAUCCGUCAGAUCCCGAUUACAAUUCAAUAACAAUGACAACUAAUAAUAAUAAUACCGGCGCCAGUAGCCCAACAUCGGGAUCAGCGUCAUCAUCAUCAUCAUCGGUACCGGUAGUAAAAAAUACCGGCGCCACCGUAGUACAGCCGCCGCCGCCGCCGUUACAACCGAUUGUCGAUACUAAGCAACCGCCAGAACCGACAGCAGCUAUAGUAUCGGCCAAUUAUGCGGCCAAAAAUAACUCAUUAAUGGCCGGGACCACCACUAACGAUGAUCCGAACCGCGUGGAUGACAAACGCCUGUCGGACAGCAGUAUCAACAUUGAAACCGAUUUGAUUGACGCUAACUAUAUAAACGUCAACAACAGCGACAAAGUUACCGCCAGCGCCGCCGCCAAUAAAAUCAGGCCGAUGUCCAUCAUUACUACUGAAGCACCGACACGUGCGGCGGUCGUAAGUCCUACUAAUCCUACGGUAACCGAUAAUAAAUACAACUUAACCGCCAACCAGUCUGUUAAACAGUGA